AUGGCUCCCGCAAAGAAGGAUGGCAAGAAGAAGAAGGGCCAUUCUGUUUUCAACGAAGUGGUGACCAGAGAGUACACCAUCAACAUUCACAAGCACAUCCAUGGAGUAGGCUUCAAGAAGCGUACCCCUGCAGCACUCAAAGAGAUUCGGAAAAUUGCCAUGAAGGAGAUGGAAACACCAGAUGUGCGCAUUGACACCAGGCUCAACAAAAACUGUCUGGGCCAAAGGAAUCAGGAGGCUCAUACCCGUAUCUGGAUGCAGUUGUCCAGAAAACAUAAUGAGGAUAAAGAUUCACCAAAAAAGCACUAUACACUGGUGACUUUUGUGCCGGUCACCACUUUCAAACACCUACACACAGUCAAUGUGGAUGAAAACUAA